UACAUUUCGAUAACAACCAAAACGCAAGGUUAGGGAUUAGGGUUUCGCAGCAAUUGGGGAUUUUUGGUUGGAAUCCCAUAAUUCAAUUCCAGCACUACCCUCCUCAUGGAAGACAACCGAGAAGCAGACCAGGAUGCACACGGCGACGUUGCUGCUUCGGCCGAGCAGCAGUCCCAAAACGUUGACAACCAAACACUGAAUGAUGUGGAAGUUGACGAUAACCUAAUUAAGCCCGCAGACGGGGAGAAUUCUGCUGCAAGUUUGAGCCAGAACGCCCAACCUUCGUCAGAACUACAACCAGAAGCAAAGGAUGAUAAAUGCCAAGAGGAAUUGAACGUUGAGGUGGCAGAGAAUGGACAUGGGGAAGCGGACGAGGAAGAUGAAGAGGGAGGGAGGCGGCAAGAAUUGAUGGUUAUCACCCAGGACCAAAAGGGGGAACUAAAUGAAAAUGGCGCCAUCAUGGAAAUAGAAGGGUUACAGGGGGAUGCUAUGGAGGAGUUGAAGACCGAGCCUGAUACUAAAGCUUCUUCCAGAUCUUUCCUGUUAGAUGCUGAUGAUGUUACAGGAGAUGAAUCUGGAACUGAGGAGGAGCAAGCUGCUUUUAUGAAGGAACUUGAAACUUUCCAUAAAGAAAGAUGCCUGGACUUCAAGCCUCCCAAAUUCUAUCAAGAGCCUUUAAAUUGCCUCAAGUUGUGGAGAGCAGUGAUCAGACUCGGUGGUUAUGAACAGGUCACUUCAUUGAAGCUGUGGAGACAAGUUGGAGAAUCCUUUAAACCCCCAAAGACUUGUACCACUGUGUCCUGGACGUUUCGAGGUUUUUAUGAGAAGGCACUGUUAGAAUAUGAAAAGAAUAAAAUGCGCUGUGGCGAGCUGCCUUUUACUGAUGCUACUAUAUCGGACCCUGCUGCUGGAAGUCAGGUAGAUCAAAUUCAUGCCCCAGGAUCAGGUAGAGCAAGAAGGGAUGCUGCGGCUCGUGCCAUGCAGGGAUGGCACUCUCAGCGUCUUCUUGGUAAUGGUGAGGUUGGAGAUCCCAUCAUUAAGGAUAAGAAUCCAAUAACGACACCAAAGCGUGAAAAACAAUUAAGGAAUAUUGGCUUCCUAAAGCGCAAGGGGUCAUCUCCCGUUGAGCAUGCUGUCAAAGUUGCACGCACGGCUUCAAAAUCACAAUUGGAAAUAAUGGUGGUAGAUGUUGGGGUUCCUGCUGAUUGGGUGAAGGUGAAUGUGCAGAGAAUGAAAGACUGUUAUGAAGUAUAUGCCUUAGUUCCUGGGCUUCUUCGAGAAGAGGUGCGCGUACAGUCUGAUCCUGCAGGACGUUUAGUUAUAUCAGGGCAACCAGAGCAACAGGACAAUCCUUGGGGUGUUACACCAUUCAAAAAGGUGGUUAGCUUGCCUACUAGAAUUGAUCCUCAUCAGACAUCAGCUGUGGUGACUUUGCAUGGGCAGCUAUUUGUGCGUGUACCAUUCGAGCAGUCAGAUAUGUAGAGGCACCCUAUGAGAGAUGGGCUUGAAAAUAGUUGUGUAAGGUUUAAUUAUGUUGAAUAUUCAGACUGGUAGCUGUAGUGGUAGUGGUAGUGGUAGUGCACCUUGUAAAUGAGGGUUGACGUGCUUCCUCUCUUUUGGAUUCUAUACUGAAGCGGAUUACUUAGGUAAUCACGAAGUCUUUUUUUCA